GGACACAAGAUAAAGACAGAUUUCGGAAGCAGCAUAAAGCAUACCAGAUUAGAGCUUCACCAAAAAAGAGAGAAGAUAUUAGAGCUUCUACUUUUGCAUAAAAAAUAGAGUAAAGGGAAAUUACAAGAAAAUACCAGAAGAGGAAUUAAUGGAAGAAAUGCCACCGGGCGGACUCCAUUUCCACCCAACUGAAGAAGAACUGGUUUCAUUCUAUCUCCACCAGAAGCUUGAACGAAAGAGAACUGACCUCCACCGUGUGAUCCCUGUACUCAACAUUUAUGAGCACGAGCCAUGUGGCCUUCCAAAGCUUUCGGGAGAGCUGUGUCAUGGAGACAAGGAGCAAUGGUUUUUCUUUGUACCAAGACAAGAGAGGGAAGCCCGCGGAGGCAGACCUAGCCGACUUACGGCUUCUGGUUACUGGAAGGCUACCGGAUCUCCGAAUUAUGUUUAUUCAUCGGAUAACAGAGUGAUUGGGAUGAAGAAGACAAUGGAGUUCUACAAAGGAAGAGCUCCUAGUGGAAGAAAAACCGAAUGGAAGAUGCAUGAGUAUAAAGCCAUACAUCAAGAAACUUUCACCCCAUUUGGUUGUGCUGUCCCAAAGCUGAGGCAUGACUUGAGCUUGUGCCGAGUUUAUGUGAAACCUGGAAGCUUUCAAGCAUUUGAUCGACACCCACUCGGGGCAGAGACGAAGAGAUCUGACACCCAGCAGCUAGUUCAUGGCUUAACAGAGAGUGUGCUUAGUUUCGAUGAUCCAACAAGACGAAAAUUGUUGCCGGAUCGUAUGAGUCUGGCCUCCUUGGAGCUGACAAGUCUAGACUUUGAUGAUCUUGACCAUUGUGCUGCGAUGCUUCUCGAUGUCAAUGAUGAGUUUGGUGGUGGCCUGUCGUUGAGCUGUGGUGAUGAGCGGAUAAACAUAUCUACCACCAACCACGGAGAUCGACAUGAUGCUGCUCUACUGCCCCUUGUUAACAUGGAUACUUGCGUUCACACGUCUUCAACUCAGCCUGUAGCCUUACCACAUGGAGGAGAAAUUGUGCAACUUGAGUCAUCAGAAAAAAAUCCAUGGGUGGAUUUUGAUGCUACAAACAACAGGUCACAUCAGAGUGGCUUUCUCGUGUCUAAUUCAGAGAACCAAAAAAUGAGAGAGGCUUCAAAGAGACGGUGCAUGAUGGAGAGUGUACUUAGUUUAGUUGAUUCAAAGACAAGAAUAUCAUCGAUGGAUUAUGAUGCUCCAUUGAAUAGAGCACAUCUUUUGAAGGCACAUCAGAGCGGCCCUAUUGCGUUUAAUUCAGAGAAGAAAGAUACGAGAGAGGAAUUACACAGAGAAUGCUUAACUGAGACUGUACUUAGUUUAGAUGAUUCUACAAAACAAAAAGCGUUGCUGGAUUUUGAUGCUACGGAAGACAAAGCUCAUUUAUUUAGAGCAUAUCAGAGCGGCCUUGUUGUCUCUCUCUCAAAGAAUAAAAGUAGGGGAGAGGCAUUAAAAAGAGAAUGCAUUACUAAGAAUAUACUUAGUUUAGAGGAUCUUCAAGAGCAUUGCGGUGAUAGAUGUGAUGAUGCUGCAAAGACAUUUGGCGCCAUUUAUGAUCCGGGAUUUCACAUGCCAGAUUCCCUUGCACGGAAAUCAUUUGAAGUACUAGAAACUCUUCCAACCGAGGAACAGCCUAUUGACUGUGUACCCUUAUUGGCACAGGGGAGAUUACCACUCGAGGGUUGUCUACAACAAGAGAAAUCACCAGAUCUGCCAAGAGUUAUGCAAAUUAAUGGAGUCGAACAAAGGGUCACAAAAAUGCCUAGAUACUUAGGAGGAUUGACCGAUCAGUCUGCAAGCUCUUCACGUUGGCCUAUCAGCUUACCUGAUGGAGGACACAUUGUGCUGCUUGAUCCAUUAGAUCAAUCUACAAAGAAUAUAGAACACGUGUCCAGGGCUGUUCAAUGCUCUCCUACAGUGUUUCUUGCAGAGAAGAAAAUGGUGAGAAAGUGCAGAACUAUGAGUGUUAUAUUUGAGGAAAACCACCUACAUUUUGGCAGAAGGUGUGAGGGUGCUGCUAAGGGCCUUGGUGCCAUGCGCAUCUGUAGGAAGCAUGGGAUCAAUCUGGUGUGCGUGCUGAAGCGGAUCCAUAUGCAACACGGGAUCCAUCAGUGGCCAUUUCGACAAAAAUGGGCAACAAUGAAGGGGUAUUCUUUGGGAGAAGAAAGUCCAUUUGAAGUUAGGCGUCUAUCUACGGAUGAGAAACUUGAUUCAAGGCUUCAAUUGAUCCAUAUGUCCCAGUUUGCUAGAUCUUCACCUCGGGCUUUAGCCUUAUCAGAUGGAGGUAUUGUCAGGCCUACAGCUUUAUCAUCAAGUGAAUUUGCUGCUACAAACAACAGAGCAGAUCUUGUCGGCCAAGAUCAAAGCAGCUCUGCUGCAUCUCAGUAUAGAUGUAAAAAUACAAGAGAAACGUCAGACAAACAAGGGUUAGAGGAUCUCCAACAACAUUUUGGCUGUAAACAUAAAUAUGCUUUGAAGAGCCUUGGUGUUAGUGGAUCCAUGUUUAAGAGCACCUGUAGGCAGCACUGGUUCUAUUGGUGGCACGGUCGGUUCAAAAACAAUGAACAACAAGCAUUUGAUGCUACAAGCAACAGAGCACAUAUUGUCAAGGCAGAUGAGAGAGGUCCCACUGUGUCUAAUGCACUUUUUUUAGAAGAUCUACGACAUCAAUUUGGAGCUAGAUGUAAAGAUGCAGCGAAAGGUCUUCAUGAUUCCCUUGCAUGGAAGUCAUUCAAGGUACAAGACAAUCUUCCUCUUGGGGAACAGUCUAACACCCGGCGGAGAUCACUAAUGCACAAGCAUUGUGUACGACUAAAGAAAUCACAAGAUCUGCCACGAAGUAUGCUAAGGGACUGCGCAGGAGGAUUGGCUGCUCAGUCUGAUAUCGGCUUACCAGAUGGAGGGCACAUCCUAUCUCUCUCAGAGAAGAAAAUUGUGAGAAAGACAUUAAAGAGAGAGUGCAGAACUAUGAGUGUACUUAGUUUAGAGGAUCACCAACAGCAUGUUGGCAGGAGAUGGGAAGAUACUGUGAAGUUCCUUGGCGCGAAGCGCAUCUGUAGGCAGCUUGUGAUCCAUCGUGAAACCACAGCAAAGCGCAUCCGUAGGCAACUUGGGACCCAUCGGUGGCUGUUUAAACAAUCUGAUAUUGGCUUACCAGAUGGAGGGCACAUCCUAUCCCUCUCAGAGAAGAAAAUUGUGAGAAAGACAUCGAAGAGAAUGUGCAGAUCUAUGAGUGUACUUAGUUUACAGUAUCACCAACAGCAUGUUGGCAGGAGUUGGGAAGAUGCUGUGAAGUUCCUUGGCGAGAAGCGCAUGUGUAGGCAGCUUGCGAUUCAUCGCGAAACCAUAAGAGAGCGCAUCCGUAGGCAACUUGGGACCCGUCGGUGGCCGUUUAAACAAUCUUCUAUCCGCUUACCAGAUGGAGGACAGAUCCAGUCUCUUUCAGAGAAGAAAAUUGUGAGAAAGACAUUAAAGAGGAAGUGCAGAAGUAUGAGUGUACUUAGUUUAGAGGAUCACAAACAGCAUGUUGACAGGAGGUGGGAAGAUGCGGCGAAGAGCCAUGGCGCGAAGCGCAUCCGUAGGCAGCUUGUCAUUCAUCGUUUAUCCACCGCAAAGCGCAUCCAUAAGCAACAUGGGAUCCAUUGGUGGCCAUUUCAACGAUCUUUUAUCGGCUUACCAGAUGGAGGACACAUCCCACCUCUUUCAGAGACGAAAAUUCUGAGAAAGACAUUAAAGAGGAAGUGCAGAGGUAUGAGUGUACUUAGUUUAGUGGAUCGCCAACAGCAUGUUGACAGGAGAUGGGAAGAUGCUGUGAAGAACAUUGGCGCGAAGCGUAUCUGUAGGCAACUUGUGCUCCAUCGUGUGUCCAUAGCAAAGCGCAUGUGUAGGCAACAUGGGAUCUAUCAUCGGUGGCCAUUUCAGCAAGACUUGGCAACAAUGAAGGGAUAUUCUUUAGGUGACGAAAGACCAGUUGAAGUUAUCAGUCUAUCUACGCAUGCGAAACUUGUUUCGAGGCUUCAACUUAUCUAUAUAUCCUGGCUUAGUAGAUUUUCACCUUGGCCUUCAGCCUUAGCAGGAGGAGUAGAGGUUGGGGGGCCUAUAGCCUUAUCAUUAAGUGAAUCUGCUACUACAAAGAACAUAGCACAGCGAGUUGGACAAGAUCAAAGUGGCUCUGCUGCAUCUGAUACUGAGAAUGAAAGAACAAGAGAACAAGAAGACCUCGAAGAGAUAUAUACUAGUGUUACUUCAGAUGAUCUUCGACGACUUUAUGGCAGGAUGAACCGUAAAGAUGCUGCGGCAAGCCUUGGCGUUAGCGUAGCCACAUUCAAACGCAAAUGCAGGGAGUUCGGGAUCCAACGGUGGCCACAUGUUAGAAAAAAAAAAGUCGGGAGACCCCCUGAUCAACAUGGAGAAAGGAAUACAUCAACCGCAUGCAAGAUGCCAUUGCAUAAUGUGCAUGCUAGAAUGGAGGGGGAACCGGUUGGCCAAAAUCAGGAGGCAAAUGAGUUUCGACAAGAUUUUAUGGAACACUCAAUUGCUUUGAAUACAGAAAAUGAUUCAAUAAUAGCUGUGUACAGUGAAACUGAAGCAGCAAGGGGUUCUUCUAAAUGGGCGUUUCAACUGGAAGGUGAAACAAUGCAGUCCACUACCUAUCCAUAUCGCGAUGAUCUUGUGUUUUCACAAUCUCAGAUAGCAUCAACAGAGGUGGUAAAUGAGAACAUGGGGAGUUUGCAAGAUAGGAGAGAUUUGUUAGCUUCACAAGUAGUAGCUCCACAGAAAGAGCCUCUUUUGGAGGGACAUGUCUUUGGGUUUGGUAACUGGACAGUCGGUUCAUGUUCUGAUCUUGCUUCGAGCCAAACCAUGCGUACUUUUUCCCACGCAACGGGAAGUUCAGAAAAUCUGGAAAAUUGGCUAGCUUCCGUGGAAGAGCAUCUUAUGGAGGAAAAUGUCUAUGUAUCUUCAAGGUCAGAUCCUGCUCCGAGCCAACCCUUGCGUAGUAUUCACCACACAAUGGCUACAAUUCCCCACAUGAUGCCUCUUCCAACAGAAAGGCAAGAUAUGAGGUCUGUGAAGCUAAAGGCAACAUAUGGGGAUACAAAAAUAAAAUUUCAGUUCCCUCUCACAUCAGGAAUUAAUGAAUUGAAGGUAGUAAUGUCAAAGAUACUGGAGCGCGAGCUUGGUAGUUUCAAGGUUGAGUAUAAAGAUGAGGAUGGGGAAUGGAUUUUAAUGGCCCUUGACGAGCAUGUAAGGGAAUAUCUGCAACUUCUCACCUCAUUGGGAAAUAAAGUAACCGAACUAAAGGUUCAGGAUAAGGUUCCCAAUACCAUGAAUUUUUGUGGUAACUGCAGAUGUAAUAAUUGUAGAUCAUUGAAGCGGAAAAGACCAUAAGUAUGUUUAGUUGUAGAAUAAUAUUACAUGGUUGACAAACAUGUUCUUUGUGUAACGGAACAUUUCCUGGCCAACUUUCCCUCUGCUAAACUAGAAUGUUUUUGGUAAUGUUGCAUUCAGCAGGCCUCUCUUUGUUUUGGCCUAGGUUUUACCUAACCUUGGUUGAUGAUAUGGAAAUCUCAUUCUGCUGGGGUUUUUUUUAUCA